CUCCAGGGCAGUGCGCUCUUUGCACGUCAAGACUCCCGGCGGUGCUGAAGUCCGCUUUUUCCUUCGAGCGCGCAUGUUCGGCCCCGCGCAGGGCUUGUCUCCUAUAGCGCUCCGUAGAGCGGCUUGGGCGAGCUCCACGUAGCCGCGCAGGCGCCUUGGACACACCGUUCACCUGCCGCCGCUGUCGCCGCCGCCGGGGCUGGAUGGGGGGCAUAGGCCAGCCAGUGGCACCCAGAAGAAAGAGACGCGACGGCGGCGACGCCGACACCCGCGGGACCAGUGUUCCGAUCCGCCCGCGAGCCCAAGGAGGAGGCGGGGCGGCCCGGCCCCCGCGGCCCCUGGUGUAGAGAAGCUGCCGCCGCCGCGGCCGGAACUCCCUGGGCACUUACCCUCAGGUCGCGGUCACGCUCAGAACCCCGCGCUGCGCCAUGUUCAAGAAACUGAAGCAGAAGAUCAGCGAGGAGCAGCAGCAGCUCCAGCAGGCGUUGGCCUCUACUCAGGCUUCCUCCAGUUCUUCAACGCCAACAGCAAUCAGGAGCAGGUCAUCUUCAUUUACGGAGCAAUUUGAUGAAAGUACACCUAACAGAGAGCUACUAGCCGGGAUGAUAGCUGAGCCUGCUUUUCUCUCUGAGUAUACUGUCUUUGCUUUGGAUUCCUCCAAACAGCCUAUAUCACAGACUGACAGUGUGAAUGCCUCUAUCCAAGCCACAAGAUCUCCUGACAGUGUUAAUGGAAGUGAACCAACGACUCCUCAGUCAGAUGACACGCAGUCUACUUCUCAGAAGCUCCAGCUCCGGGUGCCUUCCAUGGAGUCUUUGUUUCGAAGUCCACUAACGGGGUCUCUAUUCCGAUCCGCUUCUAAAGAGUCUUUGGUGCGAACGUCUUCCAGAGACUCUCUGAAUCGACUUGACCUGGACUUUGCUGCCACCUUUGACCCAUCCUCUGAUAUGGAGAGUGAGACCGAAGACUCACUCAGCAGUUUAGACAGUCUCAACAGAGAGCAGCUGGUUCAGUGGUUGCGCAGAAUGGAACGAAGGUUGAAUAGCUACAAAGGAAAGUGUUCUGAGCUUGUCACAGCUUAUCAGACUCUUCAGAGAGAGAAAAAAAAGCUACAAGGUAUAUUAAGUCAGAGUCAGGAUAAAGCACUUCGGAGAAUUGGAGAAUUAAGAGAGGAGCUUCAGAUGGACCAGCAAGCAAAAAAACAUCUCCAAGAGGAGUUUGAUGCAUCCUUAGAAGAAAAAGAUCAGUAUAUUAGUGUUCUUCAGACUCAGGUUUCUCUGCUGAAGCAACGGUUAAGAAAUGGUCCGAUGAAUGUUGAUUUACUGAAACCUUUCCCUCAGGUGGAACCACAGGCUGAAGGUGUCACUAAAGAGAACACAGAGAGUGAUGUAGAGCCAGCAGUGGGAGAUGAAGCUUCUGCUAAAACACUGGAAAUCCUUCAACAAAGAGUUAAGCGCCAAGAGAGUCUCCUGCAGCGUUGCAAGGAAACAAUUCAGUCACAUAAGGAGCAGUGUACACUGUUAACCAGUGAGAAAGAGGCCUUGCAAGAACAACUAGAUGAAAGACUUCAAGAAUUGGAAAAGAUGAAGGAGCUUCAUAUGGCUGAGAAGACUAAACUUAUCACUCAGUUGCGUGAUGCAAAGAACUUAAUUGAACAGCUUGAACAAGAUAAGGGGAUGGUAAUAGCAGAGACAAAACGGCAGAUGCAUGAAACCCUGGAAAUGAAAGAAGAAGAAAUUGCUCAGCUUUGUAGUCGCAUCAAACAGAUGACUACCCAGGGAGAGGAGUUACGAGAACAGAAGGAAAAGUCUGAACGAGCUGCUUUUGAGGAACUUGAAAAAGCCUUGAGUACAGCCCAAAAAACAGAAGAAUCACGGAGAAAAAUGAAGGCAGAAAUGGAUGAGCAAAUAAAAGUUAUUGAAAAAACAAGUGAGGAGGAACGCAUCAGUCUUCAGCAGGAAUUAAGUCGGGUCAAACAGGAAGUUGUUGAUGUAAUUAAAAAAUCCUCAGAACAAGUUGCUAAACUACAGAAACUUCAUAAAGAGGAGCUGGCCAGCAAAGAGCAGGAACUGGCCAAGAAGCUUCAGAUCCAAGAAAGGGAAUUUCGGGAGCAAAUGAAAGUAGCUCUUGAAAAAAGUCAGUCAGAAUAUUUGAAGAUCACCCAAGAAAAGGAGCAGCAAGAAUCUUUGGCAUUGGAAGAGUUAGAGUUGCAGAAAAAAGCAAUACUCACAGAGAGUGAGAAUAAACUUCGGGACCUUCAGCAAGAAGCAGAGACUUACAGAACCAGAAUUCUUGAAUUAGAAAGUUCUUUGGAAAAAAGCUUGCAAGAAAGCAAAAAUCAAUCAGAAGAUUUAGCUGUUCAUUUGGAAGCUGAAAAAAAUAAGCACAAUAAAGAAAUUACAAUCAUGGUUGAAAAACACAAGACAGAAUUGGAAAGCCUGCAGCAUCAGUGGGAUAACCUUUGGACUGAAAAAUUCCAACUCUUAAAGCAACAGCAUCAGACUGAAAUGGAAGAACUUAGAGAAAAGUAUGAACAAGAAAAAGAAAUGUCGUUGAAAGACAAAGAGAGUCUCUUCCAGGCCCACAUAGAAGAGAUGAAUAAAAAGACUUUAGAAAAGCUUGAUGUGAAGCAAACAGAGCUGGAAUCAUUGUACUCUGAACUGUCAGUAGUAUUAGAAGCCCGUGACAAGUUAGAAGAGGAAGUUUCUGUACUAAAGGAUCAAACAUGUAAAGUAAAGCAGGAAUUAGAGGCCAAGCUGGGUGAACAGGAAAAUCAUCACCAGCAACAGGUUAACAGUAUCAUUAAGGAACAAGAGAUGUCUCUUCAGAGAACCGAGAAGGCACUAAAAGAUGAAAUUAAUCAACUUGGGCUUCUUCUGAAGGAAAAGGACAAACAUUUGAAAGAGCACCAGGCUCAUGUGGAGGAUUUAGAGACAGAUACUAGGAGGUCUGAAGGGGAACUCCAGCAGGCACUGGCCAAGCUGGAGCUCUUCCAGUCGUAUGAGAGUACCAUGUUCGAGCAGGCGAAAGCAUAUGAGGAACAGUUGGCCCAAUUGCAGCAGCAGUUGUUGGAUUUGGAAGCAGAAAGAAGUCUUCUUACCAAACAGGUAGCUGAAGUUGAAACACAAAAGAAAGAUGUUUGUACCGAGUUAGGCACUCACAAAGUCCAGGUGCAGGACUUAAUGCAGCAACUUGAAAAACAGAAUAGUGAAAUGGAGGAAAAAGUAAAAUCCUUAACCCAACUCUAUGAGUACCAACUUAAAGAAAACAAGACAGAGCAGGAACAGACAAAACAAAUCUUGACGGAAAAAGAAAAUGUAAUUUCACAAAUGAAAGAAGAACAGAGCAAAGAAAUUGAAACACUGAAACAGAAAUUAUCAGCCAAGGAGGACAGUAUUAAUAUUUUGCAUGAGGAAUAUGAAGCCAAAUUAAAAAAUCAAGAAAAAAAGAUGGAAAAAAUUAAGCAGAAAGCAAAGGAGAUGCAAGAAUCAUUAAAGAAGAAAUUGUUGGAUCAGGAAGCUAAACUUAAAAAAGAGCUUGAAAAUACUGUUCUAGAGCUUAGUGAGAAAGAAAAACAGUUUAAUGCCAAAGUUUUGGAAAUGGCACAGGCUAACUCAGCUAGAAUCAGCGAUGCAGUGUCAAGACUGGAAAGAAACCAAAAGGAACAAAUAGAGAGUCUUACUGAGAUACACAGACAAGAGCUCAGUGAUGUCCUAACGGUCUGGGAAAAGAAACUUAAUCAGCAAGCCAGGGAACUUCAGGAAAAACAUGCAGUCCAAUCACAGGCAAAAGAACAAGAGGUAGCAGAGCUGAAGCAGGAGAUCCUCAUAUUGGCGGGCAAAAAAGAAGAGAUGAGCAAGGAAAUAGUGUGGCUGAAGGAAGAAGGUGUUAAGCAGGAUGCAGUAUUACAGGAAUUACAGAAACAGGUAGACCAGAAGUCUGCUCUUACAAAUUCUCUCUCACAAAAUGAAACUAAACUGAAAUCACAACUUGCAAAGCUGGAGGUUGACUUGAAUCAUUCUCUGAAGGAGAAUACGUCUCUUCAAGAACAUAUAGUUGAGCUGAAGAUGCUGGCGGCAAAAGAUAAGCUGAAUCUUUCUGAGUUGACUGACAAGUUGAAAACCAUAGAUGAAGAAUUCCAGAGUUUGAAGUCCUCACAGGAAAGAAGUAAGAGGAGCCUAGAAGACAAACACUUAGAAUUCAAAAAUCUGUCUGAGGAACUAGCAGUUCAGCUGGGUAUUUACUCUAAGAAAACGGAAGCCUUAUUACAAGCUAAAACAAAUGAGCUAAUCAACAUCAGCAGUAGUAAAAUUAAUGCCAUUCUCUCUAGAAUUUCCCAUUGUGAGCACCACACAGCUAAAGUUAAGGAGGCACUACUAAUUAAAACUUGCAAAGCUUCUGAAUUAGAAGCACGACUUAGACUGCUAACAGAAGAGCAGAAUACACUAAACAGUUCUUUUCAACAGGCUACCCAGCAGUUAGAAGAAAAAGAAAGUCAAAUUAAGGGCAUGAAAGCUGAUAUUGAAGGUCUCGUAACAGAAAAAGAAGCCUUACAGAAGGAAGGAGGCAAUCAGCAACAGGCUGCCUCUGAAAAGGAAUCUUGUAUCACACAGUUAAAGAAAGAGUUAUCAGAAAACAUCAAUGCUGUCACAUUGAUGAAAGAAGAGCUUAAAGAAAAAAAAUCGGAGAUCAGCAGUCUUAGUAAACAACUAACUGAUUUAAACAUUCAACUUGAGAAUAGUGUCAGCCUAACUGAAAAAGAAGCAGCCAUUUCAUCACUAAGUAAGCGAUACAACGAACAACAACGUGAAUUGCUGGAUCAGGUGCAAGAUUUAUCUUUGAAAGUUGAAACUCUGAGUAAAGAGAAAAUUUCUGCUCUAGACCAGGUAGAUCACUUGUCCAACAAAUCCUCAGAAUGGAAGAAGAAAGCACAGUCAAAAUUAACACAGUAUCAAAAUACUAUUAAAGAAUUGCAGAUGCAGCUUGAGUUAAAAGCAAAGGAAGCCAAUGAAAAGGAUGAGCAGAUACAUUUGUUGAAAGAAGACCUUGAUCAGCAAAAUAAAAGAUUUGAAUGUUUAAAGGGUGAAAUGGAAGACAAGGACAAGUUGGAGAAAAAGGAGGGUAAUUUAGAGACUGAGUUAAAAAUUAAAACAGCAAGAGUAAUGGAAUUAGAGGAGCAGAUUACUCAGAAAACAGUUGAAACUGAGUCUUUAAAUGAAGUCCUUCACAAUUACAAUCAACAAAAGGAUAUUGAACAGAAAGAAAUGAUUCAGAAACUUGAACACAUUCAAAAGUUAGGAGAAGAAAAGGACAACAGGAUUAAGGAAGCUGAGGAGAAAGCCUUCAGACUUGAAAAACAAGUGUCUUCCAUGAAAUCUGAACUUGAAACUCAGAGGAAAGAAUUGGAAUGUGUGAAUUCAAGUGUGAAAAGCAAAGAAGAGGAGUUAAAGGCUUUGGAAGAUAGACUUGAGUUAGAAAGUGCUACAAAGUUAGCAGAACUGAAGAAAAAAGCUGAACAAAAAAUUGCUGCCAUUAAGAAGCAGUUGUUAUCACAAAUGGAAGAGAAAGAACAGCAAUGUAAAAAAGAUACAGAAAGCCAUUUGAAUGAGCUAAAUACAAAAUUGCAGGAAAGAGAAAGAGAAAUUCAUAUCUUGGAAGAAAAACUUAAGUCAGUGGAAAGUUCACCACAGUCAGAAACAUUAGUCGGAUCCAGAUCAGCAAAAAAUGUGACAGCAUGUAUUGAGCAAGAAGAAACAGAUUCCCAAGGCUGUGGUCAGAAGGCAUAUGAAGAAAAAAUCAGUGUUUUACAAAGAAAUUUAAUUGAAAAAGAAAAGUUACUGCAGAAGCUAGAGCAGGAAAAAGAAGAGACAAUUUCUUCUCAUUCUGAAAUGCAGUGCAAAUACCAGGAGCUCUUAAUAAAAGUAGAAUGUGCUGAAGCAAAGCAACGUGAGGAUCAAGUUACGAUAAAUCAUCUUCAAGAAGAACUUGAAGGAAAAAACAAGAGUCAUUUCUUGAUAGUCUCCCAGCAUGUGGAAGAAGAGGGAGGUAAAAAUAACACAGGAGCAAAGCAAAACUUGGAAAAUGUAGUUGAUGAUGUCCAGAAAGCCCUCCAGGAGAAGGAACUAACCUGUCAGAUCUUGGAGCAAAAUAUAAAAGAGCUGGAUUCCUGCUUAAUAAGAGAGAAGGAAGGACAUACAGUUGAAAUGGAAGAGUUGACCUCAAAAUCUGAAAAAUUACAGGCUUUACAGCAACAGAUGGAUGGAAAAAGUAAACCCACAGAAGUUUUGGAAGAAAGCGCUGAAGAAAAGCCCAAAUCACUUGUGGUCCAACCCCAACUGGUUAGUAACAUGGAGGCCGAGCACAGUGACCUGGAGUUGAAGCUAGCAGGGGCAGAGCUGGAGAAGAGGAAACUGGGCAAGGAGAUUGUUAGACUGCAGAAGGACCUUCGAAUCUUGCGGAAGGAGCAUCAACAAGAAUUGGAUAUAGUAAAGAAAGAAUAUGAACAAGAAAUGGAAGAGAAAAUCAAGCAGGAGCAGGAAGAUCUUGAGUUGAAGCACAAUUCCACAUUGAAACAGCUAAUGAGAGAGUUUCAUACACAGCUGGCACAAAAGGAACAGGAGCUGGAAAUGACCAUAAAAGAAACCAUUGAUAAAGCCCAGGAAGUGGAGGCCGAACUUUUGGAAAGUCAUCAAGAAGAGACAAAUCAGCUAUAUAAAAAAAUUGCAGAGAAAGAAGAUGAUCUAAAAAGAACAGCAAAAAGAUAUGAAGAAAUCCUUGAUGCCCGUGAAGACGAAAUGACUGCAAAAGUAGUGGACCUACAGACUCAACUUAAAGAGUUCCAGCAGAAAUAUGAGCAGAGGCUGCAGCAGGAGGACCCUGGCAAUGAUAAAGUUACAAUUAUGGAGCUACAGACACAACUAGCACAGAAGACUACUCUAAUCAGUGAUUCAAAGUUGAAGGAACAGGAGUUCAGAGAACAGAUUCACAAUUUAGAAGAUCGUUUAAAGAAAUAUGAAAAGAAUGUAUAUGCAACAACUGUGGGGAUGCCUUACAAAGGUGGCAAUAUGUAUCGUACUGAUGUCUCGCUCUUUGGAGAACCCACGGAAUUUGAGUAUUUGCGAAAAGUGCUUUUUGAGUAUAUGAUGGGUCGUGAGACUAAGACGAUGGCAAAGGUUAUAACCACUGUACUGAAGUUUCCUGAUGAUCAGACUCAGAAAAUUUUGGAAAGAGAAGAUGCUCGGCUAAUGUAUACGUCACCUCGCAGUGGUAUCUUCUGAGUAAACCAUCAGUCUGUGCUUAGUUAGCAUGUGUCAUGGCUCCGACCUUCAUCUUGAAGAAGUGGGGAGAGUGAUGUCGGGCAGGCUUGGAAAACUGCACAUUUGCUGUUCUUUAAGAACGAAGCUGUAAUUCAGGGCCUCUCUGUAGCCAAAAGACCAAGAAAAAGUUGACAUUGGCCCACAGAUAUAUUGCAGACUGCCUUUAAAAUAGAUUUUUAUCAGUGGAGAAAUGAUGAUCGUUUUUUUUUCUUCAGUUUUUUUGUUGUUGUCAGGAAGUUUUAUGUUGUUAUUUUGAAUAACUUAACCUGAUCUAUGAACUCACUUAAUGUUCCUUUCUCCCACUCUUUCUGUCCCUCUUUUUAAAGAACUGCUUGCCUUUCCUAUUUAUUGUUAGGGUGAUUUUUUUAAAGACUUGUGCAAUACAUUUUGAGGUGAAACUUAGUUGAUUUUUUCCUGAUAAAGAAAUUGACUGUUUUAUCCAGGUUGAUUUGUUAAGUAUUUGCAAGAUUAGUUCUUUAAGCUAUGACACAUGAUAAACCCACACAAAAGCACCUUGUUUACUUAGCUUUUGUACUUAUAUUUUUCAGAGGAAAAAUACUACUGUAAAUUGUAAAUAGUCAACAUAACUGUAUUGUAUGCAAAUCUGACUAUUGGCAAUGUCUUCUUGGAGAACAGAUAAAGUUUAUUUACUCUAUAAAAUUUGCUUAUUCUGCUUUUUCCUAACUUGAAAUCUCUUUCAAAGUAGUUAACAAUUUAUGUUCUAUCUGGGUGAAUAUAAUGAGAAACUAGUUGUCAAGAUAGCUACAUGGUAAGCAUUUGGAAAGACUACUUUUUAUGUUUGAAAUUAUCAAGACCAAGUUUGGAGAAGUAUGGAAAUAAAAAAUACUUACUGGUG